UCUCGCUCUCCCUCUUUCUGAGCCACAGCGCGCCUGCCUACAUCCCUCUCCAAAAUUUUCACUAGCACACAAGCGAAAGGGGGGAGAGAAUCGGACCCUUAUCCUUCUUUCCCAGCACAUCAAGUUCCUCAUCUCAGGUCUUUCUUUCUUUUACAUGGCGCAAGGGCUCUGCAUGCGGGACGAUACUGGUUCCGGUUCUGGGCGCGAGAAAGCCAACGCGGAUUUGGAUAACGGAGCAUCACUGACGGGUGUAGAAUACAGCAGUUCCGGCGCCUCCGCCUUCUCGUUCUCCUCCUGCCGGCUCUAUGACGAGUAAUGGUCGGCUCGUUCUGCUGGAUGCUCCCUGCUCUAACCGGAUCGUCGACGGUACCUUAUUGCACAGCAGAUUGCCAUUUUCGGAAGAAACCUUCAGAGAGCUAGGAGAUACAUAUGGAAACUGGGGACCAGAAUUUUAGGAAAAAGGAUAUAUAGUAGUUCUUUAUUUUCUUCCAUUUUCGUUUAUGUUUAUUCAUUUGUUUCGCUCUCGGUGAAUUUUCUCAUUUCAUCGUUGACUUAAUUUGUCAAAUUGAUGUAACGGCGGCAUCAGUAGCCUAUAUUAGAUUUACGGUCUUAAUUCUGAACAUUCCUUUCGUUGAUUUUGAACUGGACUAUCCUGCCUAUCCAUGUAUCCUAUAUUUCUCUGCUCCUGUAACUAAAUAGAGCUUUCCCUUAUUUUUUGUAGUCUACCUUUCUCUUUUCCGAUUAGAAUAGACUAGGGUUUGCUUAGCCAUAUUAAGAAAGGACAGCGUGUUUUUUAAGCGAUUUGCGGCUACGUAGGUCAACAGUUGUUGUAACACAUCAAAUUGUUUAGAUAUAUUACGAUUGGAGGCAAAGCCUUCCAUUACUCCGUCAACUCUCCACCCCUUUAACGUCUGUUAUUUUCAUCUAAAUCCCACAUUGUUCCUAAAGCUGUAUUUAUCUUCAAUUCCUCACACAUCAGAAGACAAACUACCAGCUAUUUAUGCGCCUAAAUUGUCAUAAUUAGAUACAAAAGCGCUCUCUAUGCGUGCUCGCAACAUUUGCUUAAGAUCAUAUUCAUUAACUGACACAUAAACGGCACUGUUGCUUUAUUUCCUUUGAAUGACAAGCUUGGGCCAUGAUUAAAAGCCUAGGCAAUUAACAGUUAAGUGUACAUUUCUAUAUUACCUUUGAUUAUUGGCUUUGCAGCAUGAAUGUUCGUGUAAGUUUUAACUGUAGUGCAUAUCUUGCCUCGUUUAAAAAAGGAUAAAGAGGAUAAAGAUUGUUUGCUCUUGAAACAAAAUUACAUAAGCUGUGAAAGCGUGCGAAAUAUUAGCUUUACCCUUACAGAAAUAGCCAGAAAGGCUUACCCAUUUCUUCCUCACUCGGUUCUCACCCAAACGCAACCAUAAGGUUCCUACCGCAUCCACCCCCUUCCCCCUCCUUUCGCUCAAAUAUAUCCCAUUUUUUUAGUUUGGUUUGGUCCCGUAAAUUUUCAAAUAUUUAUUUCCUAUACAUCAAGAGGAAAGGGGGUCCCCCUUUCAUGGAAUGCGGAAACAUGGGCGUGUUUGACCGCGGAGUUCAGAUGUUAUUGACCACGGUGGGCGCGUUCGCCGCCUUCAGCCUCAUGACCAUCGCAGUGGGCACGGACUACUGGCUGUACUCGCGCGGCGUCUGCAAGAUCAAGUCUAACAACGAGAAUGAGACCAGCAAGAAGAACGAAGAAGUGAUGACCCAUUCGGGACUGUGGAGGACAUGUUGCUUGGAAGGAAACUUCAAAGGACUGUGUAAGCAGAUAGAUCACUUUCCAGAAGACACAGAUUAUGAAGCAGAUGCCUCUGAGUACUUCUUGCGGGCCGUGCGAGCGUCUAGCAUCUUCCCCAUCCUCAGUGUCAUCCUGCUCUUCAUGGGUGGCCUGUGUAUAGCUGCCAGCGAGUUCUACAAGUCCCGUCACAAUAUCAUCCUUAGUGCAGGCAUCCUCUUCGUGUCUGCAGGCCUCAGUAACAUCAUUGGCAUGAUCGUGUACAUAUCAGCCAAUGCGGGGGAUCCCUCAAAGAGCGACUCCAAGAAAAACAGCUACUCGUACGGCUGGAGUUUCUACUUUGGUGCUUUGUCCUUUAUCAUGGCUGAGAUGGUGGGCGUGCUGGCCGUGCACAUGUUCAUCGACCGGCAUCGAGAGCUGCGCGCGGGCGCGCGAGCCGCAGAUUACCUGCAGGGCUCUGCCAUCACGCGCAUCCCCAGCUACCGGUACCGCUAUCGACGCCGCUCCCGCUCCUCGUCCCGCUCCACGGACCCCUCGCACUCUCGCGACGCCUCACCGGUGGGCUUGAAAGGUUUCGGAGCUCUGCCCUCCACCGAGAUCUCCAUGUACACGCUCACCCGUGGGGGAGACACCCUAAAAACCGGUCACGGCACCCCCACCGCAACCUAUAAUUCCGAGAGGGACCACAACUUCCUGCAGGUCCACAACUGCAUCCAGAAGGACCUAAAAGACUCAUCCCACACUAACACAGCCAACCGACGUACCACCCCUGUAUGAGGCACAACCUUACCCCAUGCAGACAGCUGGGAGACAGGAGCUGGGUGGAGGCGGCGAUGUGGCCUGGAGUAUUACAGAUCAAACGUCAUGUACCAUGAGUUUUCGUGAUUAAGAGGAAACGGGAGGCUUUUUACUUUUCGAUCAAAGAAUACACAUGUAUGCAUGAUUUUGCCAUUUGCCAUUGACAAAAUGAGUCUGGUUUGAAAUGGAUGAAAGGUAAUUGCAGAAGGGUUCAUUCAGCCUGUGACGUGGGAGCUGUAGCUUGUGAUGUUGAUUUGACAUCAUUUUUGUUUUGAAAACAUUUCACUACUCUCGUCGGUCUACGUGAAACGACAAGCUACCGCUCCCUCAUAACGUUCUUCCCCUUUCCGCUGUACUCAUCAUAUUUACGUUCAUUUGUUAUUUGCGUAAAAACUGUGAACCGUUGCAGUAGGGUAUUCAGUAAGAAAUCGCCCAGUCUGCAAUCUCUCUUACAAAAGGUACAAUAUAUAUAUACAUAUAGUAUAUAUAUAUAAAUAUGUAUGUAUUAAUUUUAUAAUUAAAUAAACAUAAUAAUCAAGACUUUUCUGAGGCAAAAAAUAAAAACAAGAAAGGGAAAUACUGUUGUUUGCUAGGUGAUGCUGAUCUGUUGGAACAGAGACUCGUGAGCGGCCGUGGACACAACGUCGUGGAUAACAUCACAAGCGAGUCUUCACUGCAAAAGCUGCUGUAACAACAGACUAAGACAUUCAACCUUAGACAAAAUUAUAUUCUUUUAAAAGAACCUUCUCAUCUUUUUCUCGGUCCCUGUUUGCUUCCUUUCGUUUUCCUCUCACAUUUGGUGGUCACAGGAGCGAGAAAAAACGAUGCGUACGUCGAACCCCUUCAACGACACGAGCGACAAAAGGGGUACGAGUUCACUGUUAAAGACUCCAGAAACGACUGCCAAGACGAAAAUAAAGGAAGGAUGAGGGAAAGAAGAGGACGCAGAACUUUAAAUAAAUACUUGCAAGAAAGCAAGCCAACAAAUAAAAGUACGAAAUAUUACGAGAAACAAAGCUAAGUGACUCACGAAUACAACGAUUAAAUGCAUGCUAUAAAUUUACAGCAAACCUGCUCUUGAAACUUAAGUUUUAAAGGAUAAUGAUAAUUAUAAUGGGAAAAGCGAUGUUAAAAAAGCUAAAUAUUAAUGUUUUGUGUACUCUUUUGUUUUAAUUACUCAUUAUAAUAAUAUGCUUUGGUGAUAAACCAAACGAACAAAUUACGACAGAACAGCUUUUUUAAUUCUGAGUUAUUUCUUUAUAUGUACUUGUAUUUCUUUCAUGCAUUUGUUUUUCUGAGAAUCACACGCCUUAGCCAUUACGUUGAUUUCUUUGGAUUCAUUUUAAUGUGUCGUUUUAUUUGAAAUGAAAUCUAAAGGUGCCAAAACAGAAUGAUCUUAAACUUGGAUGCAUCAAGUCCUGAUGAAUAAACAGACAAACCCAAGGGGGAACAAACUUGGUGCUUCUCUGUGUUUCUACAUUACC